AAGGUCGAGGAACACAAGUCCGUGCUUGCCCUCCUAAGGAGCAGCCUGGUGUGGCUGGGUGCAUUGACCGUGAUGGCGUCAUCUAUUGGCUUCACGUUCAUCGACCCUGUACUCACCAAACACGUGCAACAGUUUGGAGUAUCUCCACUAAUCUCCAGUCUCUUGUUUGCUGUCGUCCCCGGAAUCUACGCCCUCACCUCCCCCCUCUGGGGUUGGGUCAGUGACCGAUAUUUUCAGCAAAGAAGUGUCUUACUCCUCAUAAUUGGCAACUUUUUAAACGCCGUGGCAUAUUUAUUAAUUGGGCCAACGGAUCUAGGGCAUUUUCUUCCAAACGAGCUAUGGCUGGUUGUGACGGGCCUAGUUAUGUACGGCCUAGUUGUGAGUGUGGCCUAUGUUCCAGCUGUCAAGUGUUCUAUCCAAGGGGCCAGAGAAUUGGGAUUUCCUGAAAGCCUUAGUACUUACGGCUAUGUAAAUGGCCUUCAACAAACAAGUUUUCACUUAGGUGGGUUCAUUGGUCCAACCAUAGGCGGCGCUCUGGCGGAUAGUGUAGGGUUCAACACCGGAUCCACCAUCGUCGCUGGGAUAUUUCUUCUGAUGUCUAUCAUUUGCACCAUCCAAGCAACCAUCCGCUACAUUCUACAACUACGGAAAUCACCGAAGAUUAACCACGAAGACCCAGCCAAUCAAACGUCGCUGAGCUCUUUACCUCCAGAAAAAUUGGAAAAGACACGAUUACUUGGUUACUAUUAAC